GAUAAGCUCCAAAAUUUGUCCAAACUCACCUAUCGCUAUGCGCACGUUACACAGCCAAAUCGCACUCUUCCAACUUCUUUCAGCUGGCGACUGGAGCCAAUUGAACUGGCGCCAAUCUAAUCCAAUUCCAUUAAAUGGAGAUGCCAAUGUUCAUAAUCUGUGCAACAAUCUUCUCUCUUUUAAUCUCGGCAAACUUCGGACAAUCCACCUCCGAUGAAUCCAAUCUCCGGCUCCGAUCACCGGGCGAGACCUUGUGCAGUCGGCUCAUCAAACCUGCCGGUUACCCUUGCACCGAACACACCAUACAAACGAAGGAUGGUUACUUAUUGGCUCUUCAACGUGUGUCAUCACGUAAUGGGAAUCUAAGGCUGCAAAGUAGCUCUCCUGUUUUGCUUCAACAUGGACUCUUUAUGGCAGGUGAUGCAUGGUUUUUGGACGCUCCAGAGCAAUCUUUGGGCUUCAUCCUUGCAGAUCAAGGAUUUGAUGUAUGGGUUGGAAAUGUACGUGGAACAUUUUGGAGUUAUGGCCAUGUAUCUCUGUCAGAGAGAGACAAGGAAUUUUGGGAUUGGAGCUGGCAGGAGUUGGCUCUAUAUGACCUUGCAGCAAUGAUACACCACAUAUAUUCAACAACAAACUCCAAAAUUUUUGCUGUUGGACAUUCACAGGGAACGAUCAUGUCUCUGGCAGCUCUCACACAGCCAAACAUCGCAGAUAUGGUUGAAGCUGCUGCUCUUCUUUGUCCAAUAUCAUACCUGGAACAUAUAAGUGCUCCGCUUGUGCUUAGAAUGGUAGGCGUGCAUCUUGACCAGAUGGUUCAGGCUAUGGGCAUACAUCAACUGAAUUUUAGAAGUCAAAUCUUAAUUAACCUUCUGGACUCCUUAUGUGAUGGUCAUUUUGAGUGCAACGACUUGCUAACUUCCAUAACAGGACAUAAUUGUUGCCUCAACAGCUCACAUGUGGCUUUAUUUUUUGAAUAUGAACCUCACCCAUCAUCAACAAAAAACCUCCGUCAUCUUUUCCAGAUGAUUCGUCGAGGUACUUUUUCCCAAUACGAUUAUGGGAUAUUGAAAAACCUGAGGCUAUACGGCCAGGUGGAACCCCCGGCAUUUAAUCUUAGUCUGAUCCCCAAAUCAUUGCCAAUAUGGAUGGGCUAUGGAGGCUAUGAUGCUUUAGCAGAUGUGAAAGAUGUGGAGCACACACUCAAGGAGUUGCAGUCAAAGCCUGAGCUGCUUUAUCUGGAGAACUAUGGCCAUAUAGACUUCCUUAUGAGCGUACAAGGUAAAGACGAUGUUUUUCACCAUAUGAUUGCAUUUUUCAGGUCAAUCGAAAAGUUUACCAGUUCUUGAGUUGGUCACUUGUAAAUACAUAACAAAAAUUGUUGUAAUGUAUAUCUUGUAAAUGCGAUUACCACUUAAGUAUUCACUACCUUGACCAAAGAAUAUGCUUGUAAAAGUGAACUAGCCAAUUGAUGCUUAGAAGCUAUGUAAUUUAAAGAUGGCUUGCAUUUUUUUUUUUCCUU